CUGCGCGGAAAAUACUUGAGCCGAGGAAAAUUCUCCUUGCAAAUAUACACGUUUGGUUGUUUUCGAGAAAAACGCAUGUGUAGAGCUGCAGAGCGCAGACACUGACCUUCUGCUUUCGUAGCAAAGUCUAAUGAGACUCACCUUCAGACUUUUCCACAGUAAACUGCAAGCCGAGAUUGACGCGGUUCUCCGGAGGAAGAUAAACGCCAUUCCAUUCCACAUCAACAGAACAGCGUCCGACAACUUGGCUGUGUUUGUGAAGCACAGAAACAAUAACAGUCUGGUCUUUACUCACGUGAGAAAGGUCAAGGGGAACCGCAGGAUACUCAAGGAAGAACUCAAGGAGAUUGUAGGAAGAGCCAAGAUCGUGGACACCAAGGACUGCUUUGUCAUACAGGGGAACCACAAGUGCAAAAUCAGAUCGUACCUCAAGCACAUUGGAUUCUGAUGGGAAACGGGGCUCUGUGGCAAAUACAGAGGCUAAAGGAAACUAUGGGUUACUCGGAAAUGUACAAUAUCUUGGUCCUGGGCCUGGCGUGUGUUCUAGCGUCCGGGUGCUGGUACGCCUAUGGCGAGCUCAUCACGACGUUCUACCAGAGGCACGUCUCCAGCGACUUUGAAUUUAAAAAUACCCAAAUGAAACGGGAAUGACCCUAAUUGCUCUGAA